GUUCCUUCUGCCUGAAAAUCUAUCAGGAUGAGCACCUACAACCCUCCCACACUCCUGCAGCUGGCACUGGAGGGAGUGCUGAGGAAGGAGUCCAUAGACUUCUCUGAUCUGGAGUACCUGCCCAUUACGCUCUUUCCACCACUCUUCAAAGAGGCCUUCAGUGGUGGACGCGCAGAGAUAGUGAAGGCAAUGGUGGCAGCCUGGCCCUUUCCCUGCCUCCCUGUGGGGGCACUGCUUAAAACCGCUGGUGUGGAGAUGCUGCAAGCUGUGCUGGAUGGCAUAGAUAUACUGCUGACACAGAAUGUUAGUCUCAGGUGCAAGCUUCAAGUGUUGGACUUGAGAUUUUUGCACCAGGAUUUCUGGACUGGAAAACAGAAUGCAGUCUGCUCAACGGAUAUUUUGAUCAAGAAGCAAGUCCCAGAGGGCCUUCCUAACUAUCCACUGAGGCAGUGUUUGCAGGUAGUCACUAACCUGGCCAUAGCAUCUUCUCUAAACAAACACCAAAUAUGCUUGCUGCAGUGGGCCCAACAGAGAAAAGACUCUUUGCAACUAUGCUGUCUGAAGAUGAUGAUCUAUGACCUCCCAACGGAGAUUAUCAACGAGGUCUUGAAUACUUUCCAGCCGACCUAUAUUGUGGAUUUGGAAAUACACACACGAGAGGUCCUAUCCUUCCUAGGUUUCUUCACCCAUUUCCUUGGCCAGAUGAGAAAUCUUGUCAUAUUCUAUCUAAAUCAAAUCCACUUCUACUUUAGUGCUGUGAACACAGUGACAGAUGGAAAGAUGUGUGCUGCCAAAUUCUUUUCUCAGUUCUCCAAACUCAACCAUCUCCAGCAUGUCUAUGUGAAUGGUGCCUACAUUUCCUAUGACAACAUGAAAAAGUUGUUCAGAUGCCUGAAGAGUCCCUUGGAGUCCUUGUUUGUUCUUUUCUGCCGUCUCUCAAUGUCAGACUUGAGACACAUGUCAGACUGUCAGAGACUCUAUCAACUGAAACACCUAUGCUUAAAGGGUGUAGUGUUUUCAAAGUCAUAUUUCAAGAGUCUUCGAAUUCUCCUAGAGAAUGUAUCUGAAACUCUAGAGACCCUGGCAUUAGAACACUGCAGGAUGAAGGAUUCUCACCUCCAAGUUCUCUUGCCUGCCUUGAGUCAGUGCUCCCAGCUCAGCUGGGUCAAUUUCUAUGACAACCACUUCUCCAGUUCUGUACUGAAGGACCUUCUGCGAUGCAUGGCCAAUCUAAGCAAGUUGGUUGUAGAGCGGUACCCCGUCCCUGUAGAUUGCUAUAAUGACGCAGGUGAAGUUGUGGUGGAGAGAUUUUUCCAACUGUGUCCCGAACUCGUGGAUAUACUCACAGCUAAAAGGCAGCCCAAGAAAAUCAUCUUUGCUACAGUCCACUGCCCUCGUUGUUUGAGGCGCAGUGUCUAUGGCGUGAACACCAGACUUUGCCGUUGUUGGCGGUAAAGAGGAGUUUGAUUCUGGAUGCUAGGAAAUGAAAUCUAAGAAAGUACAUUCAUCACAGAGUCCCAGAAUUCAAGGCUUUGGAUGCAUUGGAAUCAAAAUGUUCAGUGUACAGAGACCUCAGGGGGACUUGACAUGAAGAAUACUAGGAUAAUAACAUCACGUGUCUUGUGGAAUCAGAAAGACAGUACAGCAUUUCUAAAUGUGCCUCCAUCAGGACAGGAUCACCAGUGGCUUCCCCAUAUUGUAAAUAUAUUGCCAAUCUAUGAACUGAAUGUUCUCCUGUGUGCUACUGAGUCACUGACAUCGGUUUUAAGUUUAUGAUCAUGCUGUCCUAUGACCUCAUGAUGUAUGAUCAAGGAAAUUAUCAUCUAAGCUAUGUUGGAAGCAAAACACAUUAAAGUCAAUUAUGA